AUGCAACGGUUUUCAGCAACAGCCGACUUUGACGCCAUUUUUCAGGCGUUUCAGGAAGAUGGCGGAGUGAUUCUCUCAGGGUUUCUCAGUACAUCCGAGGUUGCAAGUUUCAAUCACGAGAUCCAGCCUGUGAUGGACAAGCUCUAUUCCAGAGAAACCAAUGGUGACGACAAAGCCGUGGAAAUAAUGGGCGACAACAGGACGAAACGGUUCAACAGCCCGGUCUGCGAGAGCGAAACAUUUCGGCGUACGAUCAUAGAGAAAGAUAUCCUGUAUAAAAUGUCCGAGGCAGCCUUGAAUCAGCACCGUGGAGCAGGGUACUGGCUGAGCAGUACACAGGUGAUUGAGCUGGAGCCAGGUGCUCCAGCUCAAUUUCUCCAUCGGGACCAGGAGAUGAUCAGGUUCUGGAAUUCCAUGGGCCCUUCCGCACCAGAGGCCAUGAUCAAUUGCUUCGUCGCUAUGACUCCUUUCACCGAGGCCAACGGCGCGACACGCCUUGUCCUAGGAAGUCACCGGUGGCCGAAGUUUGUUGGGUGUAGAGAACCCGGUUUCCAAGGAUACGAAGGAGUGAAAUCGGUACCUCUGGAAAUGGAAACCGGGGACUGUUUCUUCAUGUCGUCCAAGUUACUGCACGGGGGCGGUCAUAACUCGACUACCAUGGAGAAACGCCGUGGGUUGGCCAUUGCGUUGAUCCGGCAUGACUUGGUGCCAUAUCAAGCAUAUGCUGUGACAACCCCGCUUGAUAUCGUCUCUUCUUUGUCCUUUAGGGCUCAGGGCUUGUAUGGUUUCCGCAGUCCCCAUUGGCCUGAAGAUAACUGGUGUUAUAGCUCAUGGGCAGCCGAUGAGGUUGAUGUUGGCACGCGUAUGGGCCUUGCAACGGAUCAUAUCAAGGCUUAA